CGAUAUUUGAUACUGUCAAACUAGUAUUCAUCAAAAGAAUUUAAUACAAUAAAAUUAUACGUUUUAGAACCUUUAACGUUAUGGUCUGUGAAAAACCACUGAUGACUUGUCUUUUUCAUUACCAUAAACAUUUUGAGUAAUCUGUGAAGGCAUUUAGCUAUUGGAAUUAUAUAGUAUAAUGGAAAGUUUAAAAAGCGACUAUCGUUUUUCACACGUGAAUCACGGACCUUUAAAUAGUUCUUUGUCAAAGAAUCUGGAUUUCCAAUUCUGAAAUUCAUUUUUUCAAGAAGACUUACCGUUUGUGCUCGGAAGCUGUGCAUGUAGUUUAGUCAAUAACACCGAAAUGAUUUUGUUCGUGCAAUUACUGGCUUUUCAUAUUGUCCAUGGGACUUUUGCCCUUGGUACUUUAUACAAAAGCUCCGCUUCUUGUUACGGCGUUACCUCACCAGUCAGCAAUUUUAUGUCCUCCUCGUGUCCACCUGGAGAAGUCAUUGCAAUAAAGGACUUUACUGUCGCCUACAAAGUAGCGGCACUGAAUUGCACUUUGGACAGCGUUCGCAACCAAGAUCAGUUUCAACUUUGUUGUUCGAGCAUAGAAGAACAUGACUGCCAAAUGUCAUAUAAUAUUCACCCCAUUAAUGCAGUUCAGUAUAUAGAUCAAUGCAAUGGUAAGAGUAGUUGCAAAGUGAAGGCUACUGUUGUUCUGCUACAAGAUUGUAUUGGAGUACCUGACCACUAUCCAAAUUACAUGCAUAUAAACUACUAUUGCAUACCUGAGACGAGUAUUUUUAGCAACAUAGACACGAUAACCUCUACGAGCUUAGGGCAGUCGGUUUAUCUGCAAAGUCCAGGUUUCAACAACGGUCAGAAGAUCCCGUCGAAAAAAAAUCUGACUUGCUCUGUCCACACGUGUGAUAUGGGCUCAACGCUCUCUAUAGCAAUAUACCAGAUUGUGAUGGAAAACAAGUGGGGUCAAUGCCAACAAAAACUUACUAUACGACGACCCAACCGUACCAAUAUCGGUAUUUGGAACUGUCAGAAUAACACAGCUUCGCCGAAAACAUUGAAAACAAGCGAUCAGUAUCUUAUAAUUCAACUGGAGAACAGCCUGACAUUUGAUUUGGGCUCGUUUUGGCUUGGAUUUGCUGGAUCCUCCCCGGAUGGUAGGGUAACAGUCUCAUGUCCUCAUGAAACGAAUCCAUGUGCUGGUGUCUCUUCAACAAUAUAUUCAACAUCGACACCUAUAACGACCACCACCAAAGCAACCACAACAACGGAUUCAACAUCUACACCAAUGACGCCGACCACAACAACUACUACCACAACAAGAACAACAACAGAUUCAACAUCUACACCAAUGACGACGACCACCACAGCAGAAGCAACAACGGAUUUAACAUCAACACUUAUGAUGACCAACACCACAGCAACAACAGUAACGGAUUCAACAUCUACACCAAUGACGCCGACCACCACAACCACUACCACCACCACCACAACAACAACAACAACAAUAGAUUCAACAUCUACACCAAUGACGACCACCACCACAGCAGCAACAACUACGGAUUUAACGUCAGCUCUUUUGACAACCAACACCACAGCAACAACAGCAACGGAUUCAGCAUCUACUUUAAUGACGACAAACACCACCAUAGCAACAACAAAAAAUUCAACUCCUACACCAAUGGUGACGACGACCACCACCACCACCACAGCAACAAUAUCGAACUCAACGACUGCUGGACAAUCCCGCACUUCAAAUAUAACGGAAGAGAAUACAACAUCAAUAAUAAAUGUAGAAACUGUAUCCAAUUCGAAAACAACAAUUGGGUCAACACUAUUGGACACAUCAACUACACCAAAACAUAAAAAAGAAGGAUCAAUAAGAGAAAGGCACUGCCAACUACCAAUCCCCUGUCAUCGGCACAAGCAUCAGAUAUUCAUACUACCGCAGAAUCAAUUGGGAACACCAACGGAACGACAAAUCCUGGUUACGCAUCUUCAAGUUCAUCAUACGGCAUGGUUAUUGGUAGAAUUGCCGAGGGCGCAAGCUAAAGGACCAACUUGAUUCCUACCCGAAUAAGCAACAUUUUAAGAUGGCUAUAUGUAUAUAUUGGACUAAUAUAAAGGCUAAUACGGUAAUAUGUUGGAGUCAACAUUAUUCAGAAAGUAUAGUUAUUGUUUUAUGACCUACAUUAAUAUAUCAGUGCAAGUCAGUCACUUGACUCAGCUUACGUCGGUGACAUUGAAAACAGUAAAUAAUGCCUAAUAGAAAAUAGUGACAUCAAUCCAAUUUUGACCGUUUUAUUGUUGGCUGCUCGUCAUUCAUUCUCAAACAGGCGUUCAACGAUUUACUCUGACGGCGCUAAACGAGAAUGAACAAGUUGUGUGUCGGCAACCAGCAUACGCUGUAGUGAAUAAAGUGCUCCCGGAGGUUAAGCAAAUGAUAAAAAUGCCACAGCAAAUGAUUCGUUGUAACAGAGAGAAGGCUGUAUACUCCUGAAAGGUCCUUGCAACUUCGUUGACUCUAUCCCUUUGGCACUGCUCGUAAAUUAAAAUAAACUUGGGUAAUCUGUUCGAUAUCCUGAAAUUUUAUAAAGAUAAUCAUAACGUGAAUAUUGUGAUGAAAAGUACCUGUUCAGGAAAAGUUCCCGCCCCUUCUACUAUUUCUUUUGUUACUUUUUGCCAACACGCAUGGGUUUAAACUGUGUUUUGACUGACUUUUUGUUAUUUUAUUAUAAAUUGUGUGUGUGUGCUGUGCGGAGAUUUCUUUGGCACAACAACUCUGAAUGUUUGAAUACUUGUUUUUACCAUGCAAAGAUAUCAAAAUACAUACACAUAAAACUAUA